AUGGGGCGGAUGGCGCAGAGGUGGAAGGAGGCGGAGGAGGAGCACCGGCGGGAGGCGCGGGAGCUGCGGGCGGAGGUGGCGGCGCGGGACGACGCGCUGCGGAGGCUCGAGUCCAGGGUCAAGUGCCUUGAAAACGAUAAUGAGAUGCUGGGGAGGAACGAAAAGGAUUUGAAAGAAAACAUGGAGAGGCUGCUUCAGUCAAGGGAGGCAUUCAUGAAACAUUACGAGGACUCUGCUUGUUCUCUGCAAUGGACCAUCCAGAUGAAGGAUAAACAGAUUGCUGUAAUUUCAGAGAAGCUGAAUUCGCAUCUGGCUUUAUUUAAUUCCGUAGGGAAGGAAGUCGCUGCGGUAACACAAGUACUAGGUGAUACUGAAUGUCUAGUCAGCGAGAAGGAAAAUGUAGUCACUGAAUUGAAGGGUAAGGUCCAACGGAUUUCUGUACUCGAGAAAGACUUUGUUGAGAAACUUUGUUUCUUGGGAGAUAAAAUUACAAGUUACCAGCUUGAACUUCGUAAUAGGGCAAGGAUCAUAUAUGAGUUGAAGGAACAACUUGACGCUGAGAAGAUUAACAACAAAUUUCAUCCCCAGCUAGAAGAACUUAAGAAAUCUCUGCUGGUAAAGGAUGAGAUCAUUGAGAGGUUGACUUCAGAUAAGCAGGCAAUACUUAAAGAGCUUCACAACAUGGAAAUUGCUCUAGGGAAAUUUCAAGACAUAUUUAGCAGCAUUGGGCAUGAGGAAGUGAAAAGUUCUUCACCAGUUUCUGAAUGUCAGGAUAGACAACAUUAUGCAAAUAAAGAGCAAGUAGAAAGCAUUCCAGGUAGUCAAUGUGAUCCACCCAAUGAACAUAGGUUGAUGCUGGAAACUGGUGAAGCAGCGACUGCAACUGUAGAAUGUAAGUCGAGAAUUGACAACGGCAGUAAUCAAGAACAAUGCCCGCAGUCCCUUAAGCAUUCUACCAUCGCAUCUCCAGAGACUGUAACUGAGACUGUUGAAAAACCCAACUGCUGCCAUGAACCCAAAGAUAUUGAGAUGGGAAAUUCGUCUCCCAAGCAGCAAACAAAUUAUGUGAGUCCAGACCCUGAGACAGAAAAUCGGUCCUGAGCUAGUCGAGUCCCUGAGACAGCAUGAACUCCGAUGUGCAAGUAUGCCAGUUACCUGUGUAUGCAGCGUCACAGCUCAUGACCUCUGCUCGUAGUCGAGUCCUUGCUUGUACACCGUAUUAGUUAGAUACAGAAGAUGGGGAUUGUAGAUUGAGAGAUUUUGUUCUUCGUUAUCCAUCUUACACGACAUGCAUUGCAGUUCUCUCAGAAGUGUUGGUAUUAUGAUCUCA